AUCGCAGCGUACUUCGGCAUUUCCUGCUGCCAGCUCACACUGAAUCGAUGCAAAAGCAAACUCCUCAUGUGUGACUUCGUGUCCAGGGCUUCUUGCCUUUUUCACACAUCACAGACGCCAGGAGAAAAAGCCCAGAAGCUCCUUACAAACUUCAAGUCUCUUUCCGACCAAUCACUUGCUGGGCCAUGAGGCGUCACUCUCCAUCCUCCUCCAUUGACGCCGCCCUUCAUUGCGUGCGUCGCCUAGCGCCGUGCAUCCGCCUCCCGUCCCUUUAGUCAGCAUGUCCAGCAGCAGCAAGAGCAAGAGCGAACCGGAGAUGCGUGAGUUCGGCCGCGAUCUCCGCCGCGCGCGCACCAUCCUCAUUAAGAUCGGCACGGAGAUCGUGCACUCGCCCGAGGGCCUGUUGGCUAUGGGGCAGAUCGGCAACAUCGUAGAGCAGAUCGCAGCGCUGCACAUGCGCGGCCACAACAUCAUCCUCGUGUCCAGUGGCUCUGUGCCCAUCGGCAGGAUGGUGCUGCAUCGCCAGUAUCUACUCUCGGGCUCCAUGCAGUCACAUCUCGGCGGCCAGGUGGGCGACAACGUUCAGUUCGACGAGAAGGCAUGUGCUGCCGCCGGCCAAAGCGGUCUACAGAGUCUCUACGAGAUGCUCUUCGCUCAGUACCAUCUGGCCUGCUCCCAGGUGCUGGCAUCUGACGCAGACUUCAGGGAGCCACAGGUCCGUGCCAACCUCCAGCGUGCCAUGCGCGCCCUACUGGACGUGGGUAUCAUUCCUGUUAUUAACGAGAACGACGUCAUCACGCUACGUACUACGCCGCUUAUCGUGGAGAACAAGAUUGCCUGGGACAACGACUCACUCGCGGCGCUGUUCGCCCAGGAGAUGAUGGUGGACCUCAUGGUGCUUAUCACGGACGUCGACGGCAUCUUCACGGGCUCUAAGGACAACCGAAAGCUCAUUUCAAGGUUCCAGCGCGGCGACAAGCAGAUGAUCGCGUCCGAGAGUCGUGUCGGAGCCAUUGGACAGAAGGACAAGCUACACUCGUGCAUUCGCGCAGUGGAUAGUGGCGCUGUGCGUGCUGCUGUGGUGGCGAAGGCGGAGCAGGGAGUGCUGCUGCGGAUUCUUAACGGUGAGCGUGUCGGUACUCUUUUCGUGUCAGAUGGAGAACCUAUUGGCGACGCCAAAGUGGAGGAGCAACACAUUGACCCGAUGUAUUCGGGUAUUGCUCCACAGGCUCGGAAUCGUAUAAGCAAACUAUAAAUGACUGUACCGGUAAAGGUAAAUGUCGGGGUCAUGGCGUGCAUUUUUUCCGACUAUGGCAGGCACUGAGUUCCCUCCUAAGGCAAUAAUGAUCGGUGGUUACUGCCACACACUAUUUCAAAAAAAAAAUACGCGUAUGUGACCAAAAUGUGGACUACAGCACUAAGGUUAGGGCAAACAAAAAUAAAUUCGAGCCUUUCAUUCUCAAUAUUCUAUCUCGG